CUUUUGAUUUUUUCUUGUAAGAAUCUAGGUACAAAGCUAAUGCUUGCUUUAUAUUCUCAAAAUUGUUAUGACAAAAAUCAACUACCUCUCAUUGAGACUCACGUACUUCCUCUGGAGAAUGCAUUCGGCAAGAAGUCCGCGAGGAAACCCCGCGAACUGACCGAUUAUCGAUUAUCAAGUCCAUGAAUUGUGUGACGUCAUGAUGAACUGUUUUCACCGAAAAAUAGCACGAAGUGAAGCAAAGCUGUUCCCUAAAAGACUGCCGAUCAUACUGUCAUCGUAGGAGAUCUGUUUUGUGCGGUAACUAGCGAGGACGAAGGUCCCAUCAUGCAGGAGUUCAGGCAUUUUGAUCCACAGAAGCUGGAGCUGCUGGAAGCCCGCAUCAAAGGCAACCGUUCUCAGCAGCAACCCAUCAUGAUAGCUGAUGAUUCCAAUCAUAGCACCAGCACUUGUAGCCGCGGCUCACCCAGUGAUGAUUUAGAGGUCAUGCAGGCAGAAACCCCAGAAAAGGAGAGAAAGAAGAGGAAAAGAAAAGGACAAGGACAAGAUAUUGAUCCAUCAGGUCCAAAGAAGAUUAGUGAAUAUUUCAAGGCAGCAACAUCAUUAAGUCCAGGAAGAACCAGUCUUGGAAUAGGUAUCUUACCCAAGUCACCUCCACCCAGCGCAUAUCCUAGUGUAAGUUAUCUUAUCUCUGUCUCCAAGGAAUUUUACCAGCUUUAAUAAAAACAAUCAUAA